AUGACUGAGAGCUCCCUCCCAAGUUCGCCGCUUGCUCCCCAGACUCCCCAGAACCCACAAUCUCCAUCUCGGACCCGCCCACGCAGACCAACGAGAUCGAUUCCAGCAACGCCUUCUCAAAGCAUUGUGGCCGGCGGACAACAGGAAGAACAUGCCACGCUCACUCCCCUCAGAGCGCACUACCUCAAGAAAUAUCUGAUUCAACUUCAAUUUCAACGCGAGCUAGACGACAUCACGAAUGCUCCAGCAGACAAUGCAUCUACACUAGCUUAUCUUGGACCUCCCUUUUCCCCUCCCAAAGGCUCAGCCCCUCUCGAUCUCCCCUUCCUUCGCUACAUCUUCCGCCAAUUCAUCCUGACCUUCCCUUUCAUGGAAGCGGCACCGAAAGAUUUCUACUCAGAGAAAUUGCAGCCUUUCGUCGCCUCUGCAUUCGCCAAGAACAUAUCGCCUUCCUCUCUUCUCGAUGAUGAUAGUGGUUCUCUAGAUCAGCCAGCGACCCGUCUCAAACUCUUGUCUAAAGUUGAGCGGAACUUGGCCCUCUUCAUAGGCGCUGGCUUGAAGGUCGCGGAGCCCGAAGAGGUCGUUCGUCUCACCCAGGUUGAUCUCGACCGCCUAGAGCAUCUCGCUGCCCGAAGACAAGCUCGCCUACAGAAGAAUCACCACUCCUUCGAGGUCAAUAUCAUAUCCGUCCGUGUCGUUACCGACAAAGGCAGAGUUCGCAGUCGUGCUCACGAGGAAUUCAUUAUUCGCACACGUUUGUCACCUACCCAUGAAGUUGUUGUUUCACGUCGAUACGGCGACUUUAAGACGCUUGCCAACGAGCUGCGCAAAGCUCACCCGCAAGAGCCAGUAGCUGAUCCGCCAGCCAAGGAUAGAUCAACAUCGAGUGUUCCUCCCUCGUCUACGAUGCACUUCCUGCAGCGAACCCAGUCUCCCGGGCAUGACGACUCGUUUUCAAACGACAGCCAUGAGUCCCUGCCGCAGUCACCGUCCAACUCCAGCAUGCAUAAUCAAUCACGUUUGGCAAGAGAAAAGAACAGGCUGACAUUGCGAGCUUACCUACAUUCUUUGAUGACCUCAGCGGCCAUUGUGUCUUCUCCUGUGCUGAGGUCCUUUCUCCUGUCUGGGCCUACGACACUCGCAGUAGAGGAACAAGAGGAUGCACGACGGCGCGAAGAGGCUGAUCGCAUGAGAGAGGAGGGACGCAAACAGUUUGCUCAUGAAAUAGCUACCCGCGUUGAUGGACUCAGAGCUGCUGUCCAAAGCGUGAAGGGCGACAUCAUGGGCAAAGAUGGCUUGACUAGAGUGUUUGCCACCAUCAAAGUCACUCCAGACGUUCGAGAUCUACCUCCGAAUUAUUUGGCGGUGUUGGAAUGGGCUCGGAUAUCCCUGGCAUCAACUUUGUUUCAUGUGCUUGUAGCGGCCGAUAAUGCAUCAGAAACGUUUGCGAGUGUGAAGCGGAUACACGGGCUUAUGCCUUACUUUGUGUUGAAAACCGCACUCAGGAUCAGCAAUCCUGUUGGCAUGAUACGCAGUGUCCUGGACAUUUUUCUUGCACAACCUUUUGGAGGACGAAGUCUACUUCAACGGAUGUUCACAGGUUCGUUGUCCGAAGAAGUCAAAGCUUUAGAAGAGGACAUCGAAAUGGUUGUGGAAAAGAUAAAAGACACUGUGCUCUGCGAGAAAAUAAGGUUGUACAUCUACGCUCCAAGAGAGAUACAGGACAUGUACAGAGAGGAUGCAGAUCAGGAACGCAUCAAUAUUCUAACAGUCAUCUUGCGCUCUGGAGAUGAACCGCGUCUUGAUCGAGUUCGGAUUAACCGAGUUAUGCGGGCUCAUCAGGCUCACAAUAUUUACAUGCGACAACGCGAGCAGCUGGCAGAUUCUGACGACGACGACGGUCCCCAGAAUGAUGAUGCAUGGCUUUAUGAAGAUCUGAAGAUCCUGUUACAGUUGUAUUCAAGGCUGCGAGACCGGGAACAGCUCAUCGCUCUCAUCUUUGAAGGUGUUACAGCUGAUCUACUGAAGGACAUGAUCACAAUCUUCUAUGCCCCACUGGCUCAGGUCUACAGAGCCGCAAGCAUUGCAGACUCGCUCGGAGAUCUCCAGAACUUUAUCAAUGACCUCAUUCGAACAGUCGAGCAAUCAGAAGAAUUGGCACAAGAAGAUCCUCAACGUACGGUGCAGGUCUUUAUUGACCUUGUACAAAGGCAUGAACAAGCAUUCUACAACUUUGUUCACAAGGUACACUCGAAAGGAGAAGGGCUCUUUGAUGGCCUCAUGCGGUGGAUAGAACUUUUCCUAACUGUGGUUAGGGAGGGUUUGGGGGAACCCAUCAGACUUGAAUUCCUCCUUCCUCACGGUGGCGAAGAACGCUCGAAGAUCCUCACAGAAGUAGAUGCGAUGGCAUCCUAUCACUAUAAGAUGAAAGUUGCCUAUGAAGCGAAGAUCCGGCGACGAUUUGGCAGAAGUAAAGGCCAUGUUGACGCAGAUACUGAGGACGCGGCAACCCAGGCUCUAGUUAGCAGCGUCGUUGGGGAAAUCAAUUUCGGAGAGAUUGUUCAAGGAGAUGCUGCCGAUCUAGCGGCAGAAGACUCCGAGGACGAUGACUCCGAACAGGAAUCAAGCGAGUACGAGACAGGCAGCAAUGGGGAGGACGAGUCAAGCAGCGAGGAAAAUUUGCCGCCCGCUUUGCCAGUGGCUCGAUCUCGUACGAUUCAUCCUGCCCCGACACCGUCACAAUCCGCAGAACGACCUCCUAUUCGGCCGCGCUCUACAUCUUUGAAGACCGCAAGAUCCAUGUCAUCGAUGCGUUCUGCUCAUUCGCCAUCUCCUUCGUCGGCACCCCCCGUUCCGCCGCUUCCUGACCGGUUCAACAAGCCACUUCCUCGGUCUCCGCAGCCAAUCGAGACUCCUUCAAUACGAAGGCGCUCUGCAGAGGAGCACAGAGCUCCUCCAAAUAAUGGCAGAGUACAUCCAGUAAAUAACAAACCGAAGUCGAAACAUGGCGGGCCCGUCUUGACUCCUCCGAAACUUGUGCAUAUCCCACAGUUACUGCCCAUAUUCGUUGAGAUGGUGCGGCCUCAUCUUCGUCCUCGUCCAAAGUAGAUUUCAUUUCAUAUCUCGCAUUGUAUUACGCCAGAAACGGAUAUUUUAUAGCGUUAUUGAGCCGGGUGUAUACAUACUACUGAUGAUUAUUCUUACUACUGGUAUGGCUCGAUACGACAACAUUUGAUGUAUCUUACAACCCAUUAAACUCUGCAUUGAAUUCAGUCUCCAUAAUAAGUCCUUUGCGAAGUUUCUUUGCUUCCCUCUCCUCCCUCGCCAGCUCAUCCCAGUCAUCUUCGUUGUCUAAUGGAGACACCAAAUCGUUGGAGGAAUUUGCCGUUGCGGUGUUAUCUUUUUGACUUUCAAACCACGUUCGUUUGCGCUGCCUCUGAUCUUUGCGUUUCUCUUUUCCCUCCUUCCUUAUGGCUUGCUGGCUCCAGGCCACAUUCCGCUUGCGUAGUUCAACACGUUCUCUGGCCCUCUCAGCUUCUUUCUCGCGGGCUUUUGUUGACUCAAGUCGUUUCUUUUCCUGCGCGGGAUCCGCAAAAGAAUAUUCGCCCCAGUCGAUAUCGGCAUCUCUCCAGCCUGUGACAUCAACUCCUUUCAACUCUGGCAUGCGUGGAAGACGGAGCAUCCCAAAGCAUUUGGCGAUGCUGACGAGAUUGAGGUCUUUCACGCGGAAUAUAUAUGAUGCCUCAUGCUUUGAAUAGGCACGAACGAAAGAGACAAAUGCCUUCGCUGCCUUUUCGUGUAAUGCGCGAUCUGUUCUGACAACCUGCCGCAUCUUCUCCAGAAAUCCAUCCACUUCACAAUCCUCUAUCAAUGACUCCUCCUGUGCAUCAGAAUGGUCCAAGGCUAUUCGAGGUGUUUGCAGGACAGGAAUUUUGCGAAUAGACAGAAAAUCGAUAUAUUCAACUUCUCUACCUACGAGAAGGACAUACGCUUUCCCACUCUUUCCGGCUCUAGCUGUCCGCCCACAACGGUGAGAGAACGUCUUUGGAUCAGACGGCGGGUCAAACUGGAUGACCACAUCGACGUCUGGGAGGUCGAGUCCCCUAGCAGCAACAUCAGUUGCAAGCAGUAUUGAGGGUGAGUCAGGAGAAGAUAGGGAAGACGUGAAGGAUGCCAAGGUCCGUGUUCGGGCAGUGGGGGGUAGAUGGCCGUGUAGCGAGUAUAUGUUUACACUAGAUGGGAGAAGGCAAGGAAGGACCUUGUAAAAAUAGUCGACACAUGCACAAGUUGCAAAAUAUACAAUGAAACGAGAGGAAUUUGAAGACAUCUCGCGUCGCAGUAUACGACAGAGCUGAACCAGUUUUUCCGAGGCAGUGCACUCAAUAAACCAAUUCUUGAGGCUAGCUGGCGUCCGUCGUUCUUCUAUUCGACCGCCUUUGUCUCGAGCGUGAUUGCCAUCGUUAGUACCAUCAUUCUUCUUGAGUUGGAGUUUGACAGUUACACGAGCAGGAUUGCGAAGUCCAGCGCGGACCAGCUCCGAGAGUGCAUCGGCAUCGGUCAUAGUAGCGCUGAAUAGGCCAGUGCGUCUCUGCUUUGGAAGGUGACCUGUGAUUUUGGUGAUGGUAUGCUGAAAACCAAGAUCGAGCAAUCUGUCUGCCUCAUCGAGGAUAAGAACUUCCAGUUCUUUGACACUGACAAUAGUUUUCCCUUUCCCCAACAAAAAUUCUUCAAUACGACCAGGUGUACCAAUGACGACAUCAGCACCGGUAGAAAGGAAGCGUUGUAUGUCCUGGGCGGGAUUAGAGUCAUCCGAAGACACGAGCAGGAGGGGCGGUGGAUGUAGCAUCUCAGGCUUGAUUUCCUCGUCCCCAGAUUCGGACCUUUCAGGUACCGGCUGAGAGGAUACGAAGAGCGAUAAGACGCUGUGUAUCUGAGAAGCAAGUUCUCUUGUGGGACUAAUGAUCAAUGCACCCACCUCAUUCCUUCUAAGCUUAUUUCGUCGCCUGACGAGUCGCUCAAGCACAGGAACGAGGAAAGCAAGAGUUUUUCCUGAGCCAGUGACGGCCUCUACAACAACGUCCUUGUGUUGCAUGAAAAGCGGUAUUGUGGAGGCUUGAACAGGUGUCAUCUGUGAGUAGCCCAAUGACUGGAUAGCAUCUAGUAUCCAUGGUGUCAGAGAAGUAGGGAGAGAGGUCCAGGAUCCCGCAUAGGACUGCGGC